AAUAAAGACAGACUAUCAUCGCACAGGAAAAAUGGUGAAUGUCAGCAUCACUUCCGAUUCAAGCAAAUCACCUGGGUUGGACAGGACUGGCAGAUACAAUUACUUGGCUAUAGCCACUAUGGUCAUCUACUCUGUGAUAUUUCUGGCUGGGACAAUGGGCAAUGGUUUGGUCAUCUAUGUGACAGGCUGCAGAAUGAAGAAAACAGUUAACUCAAUUUGGUUUCUCAACCUGGCCCUGGCUGACUUCCUCUUUACGGCCUUCCUGCUUUUCACAAUCAUCAGUGUCUCUCAGGAGUACCAGUGGCAUUUUGGACAUUUCAUGUGCAAGCUCAAUAACUUUGUGAGUGUAGUCAACAUGUUUGCCAGCGUCUUUCUUCUGAUGGCCAUAAGCCUGGACCGUUGUCUGUCCAUCUGGGUGGUGGUGUGGGCACAAAACAAGCGGACCACUCGCAAAGCUCAGAUCAUAACUGCUGUCAUCUGGGUGGCUGCUGUGGUAUGCAGCAUCCCUUAUGCAACUUUUCGUGAUCUUCAGACAAUGCAGGGGAAGACUUAUUGUACUUAUUCGAAAAAGACACCAAAAUUUAUUCUCACCACUUUUCGCUUUGUUAUGGGCUUCCUCAUCCCAUUCCUGGUAAUAUGCGCCUCCUAUGUGGCCAUAGGGGUUCGUGCAAGGCGCCUAAAUAGGACAAGGACUCGUAGAUCUCAGCGAAUUAUUUUUUCUAUAGUUCUUGCAUUUUUCAUGUGCUGGUUGCCCUUCCAUGUUUUUCAUUUUAUGGAAUUAAAGAUUGAAACUAACCCAGAACUAUUUGAGAUAGUUAAAACUGGAGGUCCUAUAACUUUGUGUCUGGCUUUUAUGAACAGCUGCCUGAACCCCAUUCUCUAUGUGUUUAUGUGUGAUGAAUUCCAGAGGAAGCUCAAGCAGUCCAUAUGCUUAGUCUUAGAGAGUGCCCUAGCAGAGGACCGCCUGUCACUUAUGUCCUCUCGCUCCUUGUCCUCCCACCUCUCACGGAUUUCCCGGAAGUCUGAAUCUGCUGCACCUACAGAGAGGAAAGGCACAGGCACUUCCUUAAACUUCACAGAAAGCAAAGUGCUCGAAACUGGGGAGAGGGAAACACUGAGCACUGAAUAAGACCACCACAUCCGGCAGGCAAAGUAAAUUGUAAUGGAUACUUAAUUUUUUCUUUGUAAAUCAGUAGAGAGAAAAGUAGAUCAGUCUGAAACUGCCAAUCUGUGCAUAGAAGAAAAUUAGUAUAUUUUUAUGUGUGAUUUCAAUGUCUUUUAUGUUAAAGUGCCUACUCAUCAACUGCUGGCUUAUAAGACUUCCCCUCAUCUAGCCCCCGUUAUUUUUGUUUCACCUGUUACAACUUCCAGAUUUUUUCUUACUAGAUGUAGAUUGAUGACAUCGUGUAGCUUCCAAUGUGUAAAUAAGCAAAUCAACUAACACUUAGUAAGCGUGCUUCUGCUUUCAAGAUGUAAAUCUUAGUAAAGUUUUUCAAAGAACAUCCAGUUUUAAAAGUGAAUUACUUUGUAUGAUCAGAUAAAGAAGUAUGUGUAACUCAUUUUGUGAAGAUACCUGUUUUAUGUUUAUCUUGAUUUUUGUAGGUUUUUAUGAUCCAGCUUAUUUACCUUUGUUAACAGACAGGCUUAUUGUCCAUAGCACGAUUCAUGAUACUGUCAUAAAAGACUGGACUUAAAUAAUUGAGCUUUAUGCAUUUUCAUACCCUGAAUAAAAACGUUUUUUUGA